UUCAGACGAGCCAUGCAUGUCUCACUGCAGAGGGUGCCAAACAGUUCGCCCGCUCCAUGGGCGUCCCUGAGGUGCCUAUGGAGUCCCUCAUCACCGAGUACUCCCGCAUGCGCUGGAGGAAGAACCUGGCACCUGAUGCCAACCCUGUGGAGUGCCAAAUGGGGAAGAUGGGCACAGUCGGGGCCGUGGCAGUGGAUAGUGAGGGAGUUGUAGCCUGUGCGACCUCCACUGGUGGGAUGCUGAACAAGAUGGAGGGUCGGGUGGGGGACACACCCUGCAUAGGUCAGUCCUCAAACAUACAGCGUGGAAUGAUAUGCCUCAUCAUAAAGGUAUUUGUUGAAGAAAGACAUACUAAAGACACUUAACCUGAAAAAGGUUGACUCAUUGUUCUUUGUUUUUAACAGUCCUCCAGUCCUUUGAGCAUGAUGCCUAAAAGUCCAUUUACCAUGUACUCACUAAUUCCUGCUCAUUGUGUCAGAGUCACAGCUCGAGUGGCUCAUUCUAAUAACCCUAAUGUUGCCUGAGUAAUGUUUCAGCGUCCGGAGUGUUGUUUAAAAUAAUAAGUGUACAUUUGGUGUGGCACUAGCUGAAUCAUCUCAGGGUUGAUUCACUCUAAAGGUUUAGUGAAGUGAGUGGAGUUUGGACUCUAAUCCGUCACUAUCAG